UUUCGCGCCAAAUCCCACAGCAACAGGGCUCCGUUGCGGCAACGUUAUUGUUCUCUGUGUCUGCGCGUUUCUUUCUCCUGUGUAGUUAUUUCGGUGUUGAUAAGUUUUAACUAAGUUUUGUAAGUUAAAUCUACGUCUACUUGACGCAAGGAUCAAGUUUCUUCGGCACCAUGGACGUCGCUGACGCACAAAUUGGACAGAAUCGCGUUCGCGAUGAUGUUGGAGUCCGCUGCCAGAAACUUUUCCAAGAUUUUUUAGAAGAGUUCAAGGAAGAUGGAGUUGUGAAGUACUUAGAACCAGUGCAGCAGCUAAAAGAACCUGAACGUAGCACUCUAGAAGUGAGUUUUGACGAUGUUGAGAAGUACAAUCAGAAUCUUGCCACCACCAUCAUUGAAGAAUACUACAGGAUUUAUCCUUUCCUCUGUCAAGCUGUCCGUAACUUUGCUCAUGAUAGAGGUGAAGCAAGAAAAGACAAAGACUGCUAUGUUAGCUUUGUUGAUGUACCAACACGUCACAAGGUCAGGGAACUAAACACAACCAAAAUAGGUACUUUGAUCAGAAUUUCAGGUCAAGUUGUCAGGACUCAUCCUGUUCACCCAGAACUUGUACUUGGUACUUUUGUCUGCCUUGAUUGCCAGACAGUAGUUCCAGAUGUUGAGCAGCAAUUCAAGUUUACAAAUCCUACCAUAUGUAGGAACCCAGUCUGCAGUAACCGCCGUCGCUUCAUGUUAGAUGUGGAAAAGUCAACUUUUGUAGAUUUUCAAAAGGUUCGCAUUCAAGAAACCCAGGCUGAACUUCCAAGAGGGACAAUACCCAGAAGUGUGGAGAUCAUUUUAAGAGCUGAAAUUGUUGAGACCGUACAGGCAGGAGAUCGUUAUGAUUUUACUGGUACAUUAAUAGUAGUGCCUGAUGUUGGUGUUCUUGCCAACCCUGGCACUCGAGCUGAAAUAAACUCUCGUCACAAAGGUGGUGAAAGUCAGCCAGAAGGUGUGCGUGGUCUGAAAUCCCUUGGAGUUAGAGACCUCAACUAUCGAAUGGCUUUCUUAGCUUGUAGUGUUGCCUCUUCUAAUACUCGAUUUGGUGGAAUUGACCAACUGGGAGAAGAAAUGUCUGCAGAACUGAUGAAAAAGCACAUGUCAGAUGCUGAGUGGGAUAAAGUCUAUGAAAUGAGCCGUGACCGUAACUUGUACAGCAAUUUAAUAAACAGUCUUUUCCCAUCAAUUCAUGGCAAUGACCAUAUUAAAAAGGGUAUUAUACUGAUGCUGUUUGGUGGUGUACCUAAACAUACUGUUGAGGGUACAACCCUUCGAGGUGACAUUAACUGCUGUAUUGUCGGUGAUCCAAGCACAGCUAAAUCUCAGCUAUUGAAACAAGUAGCAGACUUUAUUCCACGAGCAGUAUACACCUCUGGCAAGGCAUCAUCAGCUGCUGGUUUAACAGCAGCAGUUGUAAGAGAUGAAGAAUCAAAUGAUUUUGUAAUAGAAGCUGGAGCACUCAUGUUGGCCGAUAAUGGAGUCUGCUGUAUUGAUGAAUUUGAUAAAAUGGAUCCCAGAGAUCAAGUUGCUAUCCAUGAGGCUAUGGAACAGCAAACAAUUUCAAUUGCAAAGGCUGGUGUAAGGGCUACCUUGAAUGCACGGACAUCAAUUCUAGCUGCAGCAAAUCCAAUUAAUGGCCGUUAUGAUCGCUCCAAAUCCCUUCAGCAAAAUGUCAUGCUGUCCGCUCCUAUCAUGUCUCGUUUUGAUCUGUUCUUUAUUCUUGUUGAUGAGUGUAAUGAGGUUAUUGAUUAUGCAAUUGCCACAAAGAUUUUAGCCUUGCACUCAGGCGUUGAUGAUGAAGUUGAAAGAGUAUAUUCUCAAGAAGAAGUUCUACGUUAUAUAGCUUUUGCUCGCCAAUUCAAACCCGUCAUUAAUGAGGGUGCAUCAGCACUGUUGGUGGACCAUUAUUGUCAGUUGCGUCAGAGAGAUGGGACAGGAAGUGGAAAAUCAACUUGGAGAAUAACAGUUCGGCAACUGGAAAGUAUGAUUCGAUUAUCUGAAGCAAUGGCCAAGAUGGAAUGCUCUGAUGAAGUUAUAGAACGCCAUGUUACUGAAGCAUACCGCCUAUUGAAUAAAUCAAUUAUUAGAAUAGAACAGCCUGAUGUUCACCUUGAUGCAGAUGAUGAUCAGCCCAUGGAUAUUGAAGAUGGGGCAGAAAAUAAUGAUAUUGAUGACCCUGAAGCCGCCCCAGGAAAGAAGAAGUUGAGGUUGUCAUUUGAAGAUUACAAAAAUCUUUCAAACUUGCUAGUUAUAUUCAUGCGUAGAGAAGAACAGCAAGCUGAGGAUGGAGAAGAUGAAUCUAAAAGUCAAGGUGUCCACAGAAGUGAAGUUGUUGCAUGGUAUCUUGAAAAUAUUCAGGAUCAAAUUGAAACAGAAGAAGAACUUGUUGAGAAAAAAGAACUUGUUGAGAAAGUUAUUGAUCGCCUAAUGUAUCAUGACCAGAUUAUCAUUCCACUUGGGAAGACAGGUCUGACAGGGAAAGAUUUGGAAUCUCAAGAGGAGGACCCUGUGCUAGUUGUACAUCCAAAUUAUAUUGUGGAUGCUUAAAUCUGAUUAAUUUUGUUCGUGUACAUUUCUUAAUCUGUAUAUAUUGUUUUUAAAAGCACAUUUUAUUUUUUGGAUUUUCCUAUGCAUGUCAUUGAAUUCUCUUUAUACCAUGCUUCAUUAUGCAGCUUCCACUUAUGUUAUUUCUCACCCCAAUAAACACACUGAAAUAAAAAGUUGUCUUUA